AUGGUUAACGAGCGGUGCGCGAGCAAGGCCGCCGAGAGCGCGUCUGCACGUCUCUGUGCGGACGCCGAAGCAUUAGCCGCAGCAACUGAUGUGUCAUCGGUUGCUGAAGUGACUCAGCCUGUGUCACCUGGUGAUGUAGGCGCUCGUCAUGAAGACACUCAUGUCUUCACAGAGUAUGAGCCCGGUGUCUCGUACUCUCCUGAUACGGAAGACGGAUCCGUAUCGACGGCGAUCGAACCAAGCCGCCUGCCAAGCGUGGCAUGGAUAAUGCUAUGCGUCGUAGCAUCUUUGGUUCAUCUGAUGAAUCAGAUGAACCAUCGCCGAAGCGAAGGCGCUCGAGGUGCCAGUCCUUCUGUCGGCACGUCGCAAGAAGAGCGGGACCGCAGUGUGUUGCGUCUCGCUCCAGAAAAGAAGGCAUGGAUGCCUCCAAAAUCCGUCAUGGAUCACUUGUCGGCGACGACGAGUGAUCGUUAUCGAACACGAUUGUUUGAUUCGUCAAGGAUCCAUCACCUUGACCCCAGCGCGAAAAACAAUCGCGCUGAGAAUGAAUUCUUCAUCGAUGCUUUCUUUAGACAUCGAUGGUACAGUGGGAAAUACAAGCGUGAUGGUCCCUCACUACUUCAAGCGUGGAACGCCUACAUUUAUAACCUUGAGGAUGUAGGUCGUGACGGUUGGAACGACAAACUUAUCAAAGCUCGUGAUAAGUUUCAGAAGCGAACCCAACAGGUUCACGCUACAAGCUGCAUCGUCUGUCAAGGGAGAAAGGAUUACCCUGCCUCUCUUGGGGAGACUCGUGCCCAUGUUGUCCCGUGGUGGCGCGUACGUAUCUCUAGUGAGAUUUACGAAGGGAUUGACGAUCUGAAAUUCCUUUACGACCGUGCCGGGGAGACUUUCUCCAGCGGUCCUUCUGCGGCACAGGAUGUGCCGCGUCGUACUGCUCAACCAGACCCAGUACGCCAACCAUCAGUUGGGAGCGGGGCUCCCAAGUAUCCCAGGACGGGGGAUAGCCGCGCCACCGGACGAGGUAACUCGUCCGACGUCCGUUCACAUCGCGGUGGUUCAACAGCUGCUCAACUAGAUAGCGCUGGCCACCGCGAGAGUCCUCUAAUGGAGGUGGAGGAGGAGGGAAAACGCUCUACAUACUAUCGUGGGGAAGCGUGUGUUCCCGAGAGCUUCUUUGAUUGCGUAACGCAAGCGUUACGCGGCGAUCUCGAACAUGAACGGGACAGGCGUCUCCAACUGGCGGACACUGUCUUGAAGCAUCGAGCUGAGGUAGCUCGUGGGGAUAUUGACCGGUCUCGGGAUGAGAUAACUGCUCUUCAGACCCUUGUCGAUAUCCACCAUCGGGAGCACAAGGCCCUCUGUGAGAUGCUUGAGCGCAAGGGCGUUCUUCAUCAGAAGAAUCAGCGUACUGAUGGUACGGAUUAA